AUGGAAAUGAAGAAGUUGAUCCAAAUCUUACAAGAUGGAGAGAAGCUAAUCCAAGACUGCUCUCGCUGCUACUGCUACCAGAGGAUGGGGUACGCCAAUAAAAUUAAAGCCCUCGAUGCCUCUCUUCUUAGAUUGUUUCAGGUGGAUGUGCAAGCCCAACUCAGUAGGAACGUUAUGGAGAUUCUGGCCAUGCUCAAAUCAAAUAGAUUCAGUUGGAAUAACAGAGGGGUUUCGGAUGAAUAUGAAAACUUGGGUUCCUGCAACGCUCCUGGUCCACCGGAAUUUAUGGUGGGAUUAGAUGUGCCUCUCAAAGAAUUGAAGAGGCGGCUGUGUGAGGAUGGGAAAUCAAGGAUUGUGAUCGAUCAGGAAUAUUUUAAGCACAUUUUGUAUGCCACGGUAUCAAAACGGCCCAACCUAAUUGCCAUCAUUAAGAAACUAUUUUGGGACAAGGAUGAACAAGUGCCAGAGUUUCGAAAUGAGGAAGAUGCAGUCAAUCAAAUGGAACUGAAACCGAAGAGGAAAGCAGAAUCUGGUACUAUACUGUUGGUCCUAGAUGAUGUUUGGUGUGGAUCAGAAUCCCUCUUAGCCAAGUUCAAGUUCCAGAUAUCAGAAUCCAAGGUUCUGGUUACAUCAAGAAAUGAAUUUCCAGAAUUUGGCUCUACAUAUAACCUGGAAUUGUGGAAUAAGGAAGAUACCAUGGUUCUUUUUCGUCAUUCAGCAACCCCGAGCAUGGAAGCUGUUAUUUCACACACAUCUGCAGACAGUGAGGCACUGCAAGAGACUUCCACUGGCCCUGGAAGUGUUGGCAGAUCACUCCAUGGGCAGCCUGUAGAGAUCUGGAGAAGCCGACUGAUGAAAUUACUCGAAGGUCAAUCCAUUGUCGAUUCUGAAACUGAUCUGCGUAAAUGUCUUCAAAGUAGCUUAGACGCCCUAAAUGACGAGGAUGUUAUGCAGAAGGAGUGUUUUAUGGACUUCACCAGGAAUGAUGCAAGCGAGAUUGAUGGAUGCUACAGCGAUGCCUUUUUGCACUUUCCCUUGUAUUUCCUCUCAAAUUAG